GUUGAUAGGUACAUCUUGAAUAACUUGAUAGUUCGCGGUGAGACGUGUGUGAGUAAGACGGGUACUGAACAACUUUUCGCGCCAAAAUGAUUUCGACGAUUCGAAUGCAUAAAAUUGUAGUUAGAAUCUUUUUUACUAAACUUUUAUUCUGCUGAGUGUGCGUGGAAGUUCAACAGUAUUGUUUAAUUGGUGAAAUAACUUCGUGCAGUGAUAUAAAUACUUACUUUUAUUUUAAAUACAAUUUAUUGCACCAUGCAAAGGGUUUUGAAUUUUAUGAACACGUUGUAUGUUUGUUAUUUAUCACAAAUAGAAAAAUGUUAACAGGAUUUUUAGUGACAUUAUUAGUAGUUGUUCACAAUUCCCAAUCAGUGCUAAGCUCAAGCCUGCUAUGCGGGCGUACAAAGGAGGUGGAGUUGGGCACCAACUCGAGCGCGGGCGCCGCCCUGGCUCUCACGUUGGUGCGCCCCGGCCCCCCCACCCCGGCCUCCCGCGCACCCUGUCAGCUGCGCCUCAUUGCACCCGACGCAGCCGCCUUCACAAUGCGCCUCAUUGACGUCAAGGAAUCAUUGUCGCAAUGGGAGCGCGGGCUAGACGUGCAGGCGCCCGCGCCUGUCGCCGGGGCGCAGGGCCGCAAGUGGAGCAUGCGCAGUGCGCACGCGCAGGACACAGCCAGCGACCAGACCGCGCCCCUCAACAACGUCACAGACUCCUGCAAACUUGUUGUUUUUAUCGAAUCGAAGCCAAUAUGGCGUCUGUCGCUUUGUGGCGGGAACGCGGCGUCAGUGGCGGCUCGGGCGGGGACCAAGCUGCUGCCUCCGAAGAUAAAGAUCGUGUGGAACCCACCGACGACUCCGUACCACCACACCGAAAAACUACGGCUGGUUGUAACUGCCGUUAAUAGUGGUGUGAUAUGUAACAAUGAUUCUCAAUUCACAUGCGGCAUGACCAGUCUCUGUAUAUCUUCGUACCUGGUGUGCGAUGGCAUCCGUCACUGCCCAGGAGGUGAGGAUGAGGACUCCAGCGCCUGUUCCCACCGCAGGGACUCUCCGCUACUUGAGAUGCUGAGGAGAUUCGCGGCCAGGAACCAGGAGCUGCUCGGCUUGGAUCAGGCAGAUGGAAUGACCAAACCAUCUGUUAUAAUGAAAAUCAGCGAAAGUGACCAAAAAUCGAAUGCGUUUAUGGAGUUUGCCGCUGCUCUGAAGCCGUACGGACCGUGGAGCUACCUUGUGGUGGGAAUGUUGGUGUGUGCAACAAUCCUCAUGUUCUGUCUCGCUUGGGAAUGUUGCUGCAAACGAUCCAAGCCAUCAGACACACCGAUCAACAUCCCGCCUUCCUGCAUAGAUCUCUCCCCCACGGUCGCGGUGACGUCAUCCUCGCAGCAGAUGUUCACCAACCCGCUGCCGCACUCCCCCCCAGAGUACGAGCCGCCGCCGUCAUACUCCUCCUUGUUCCCUCGGGCGUACAAGUCUUCUCCCUCGCCGGUGCCACACUGCUCACACGACGAACCUGAUUGAUGAACAAGCCAAAUAUUUAGGACGUAUUUUAUUGACGAGUCACGAUGGCACGCCUGUUUAAAUGUUUAGACUGGACCAUAUUUUACAAUAUAUAGGAUGGCGUUACAACAGCGACAUUAAAUAAACACACGAGUAGAACUACUUAACUAUAAUCAUAAAAAAAACUUUGGAAUGGAUAGAGAAUAACUUAAAUUCGAACGAAUUGCUUUAUUUAUCAAUAUAAAAGUACCUACUAGCAUUUAUGUGGUUAAAUACAAUAUUCAUUUGUUGCGCUAUCGUACACAAAAAUGACAUAUCCUCAGGAGAUGUUGACUCGCCAAACUCUUGCACUUAAGCACUUCAGAACUAUUACAAUUAUUUUACAUUGAAAAGUUUACCUCUCAGAAAAAUCAACUUUCAUCCAUAAUUUCAAUGACUGUCUUACGAACUUUCGAUCAGGUCACGUGUUCUGACGCGAGUUUAACGUUUUAUAUCCAUCCUAACAAAAGUGCUCAACGCCGCAAAAAUAAAAUACAUAAUUCACCUAAAUAAUUAAAUUUUCCAUAAUAUAAUUUCGAAAAAACCUGUAAGAAAUCUAGUAGCCGCACUCUAGCGUAGGCAUUGACACCUACUUUGUGCCGUCUAAAAAAAAAUACAUACGUUUGUUUGAUAGUUUCUAAAUUUCAAUUAUUUGUUUUUUUUUAAGGUUAUAUAGCUCUAUCCGUUUGUUCAUUUAAUGUCGCCAUUAUAGCAACACGCUGUAUAUCAGAAUGAAUUGAAAGGUUCUACUUGAGAACCCCUUUCGCUGAGUCUGGACAACUCUGACGUCACUGAUGUCUUAAAUUUCAGAAUGGACAAUUUUCUUUUAUUAAUUCAAAACAAUAUUUUAACUGCCUUACAAAUAGAACUCGUAUAAAGUUAUUAUAACUAAACGAAGAAUAUGCAAAAUGUUUACAAAUAGAAAUUUUGCUUAGGAUUGGUUUAUUCGGUCGGACGUAUAACGUUUCCCGCGUUUAUUUCCAAUGCUUGUAUUGACAGUGUUGUCAGCGAUAUAGUCAAAAUUUUUCAUAAUCUUGGUUUAUUCUCAGGUAUAACUGUAUGCCAAGUUUAUUUGUAAAGCCACUUAUGCUUGGACACUUAUUUGCAAUGUUAAAUGAUUAUAGUAGGCUAUCAAUUUUUUAUCAUUCUUUUACAUUUUUUACCUAUCAUUAUUUUUAGCUUGGACAAUUAUUUAAAAAGUUUUAGCUUAAAACAUAAUUUAGAUAAUAUAUGAUGGACUUAAAUCAGAUUUUGACUUGUUUACAUUAUACCAUACCUAUAUUCAUAGUAAUUUAAAAGAGAUAUUUUUUUUAAAUUUCUUACAGUUUUGGUAGAUUUAUACAAAGUAACUUAAAGAUAUAUUUUUAUCUUAAUCGAGGAGUUGAUUAGAAGAAAAUAUACAGCAAAUUACUAAUACAGAUUUGUAGGUAUUAAUGACACAAAAAAUAUAAUUAUUAUUAACCUUCAGUGAAUGUAAUCUAAUAUUUUUUUCAAAAUUAAAAUUGAAUUCAUACAAAAGACUUAUUUUCUAUUUUAUUAUUGAAUCUUAUAUCGAAUAUAAUUAUUUUGAAGUCUAAAUAAUAUAACUGAAACACUAAAGUUCAUAGUUUUCAACUUUAUAAGAGCAACUAACUAUGAACUGAAUCUGAACUGCACAUAUAGAUAAUAUAGAAUAAAAAUUAUAGUAAAGAAUAAAGAUAAAAAUGCAUAGUACAAUAUUUAAUUUUACCAAUUUUUAUAAAUAAAACAUAAUACACUAUUAAAUUUAAAAAAUCGUAUUGUUAAUAAUAUCGAUUCAUAAACGGAAAUUGUGUAGAAUAUAAAUUAAAAGUAAAUCAAAGAUGUUCGACAAGAUUUGCUGCCAAUAACUCGAGUAUCAUAUAAAUUUAUAAUUAUAAAGCAUCACAAAAUAUAAUUGCUCAAGUAUAACAUUAUCAUAAAAAAAUUUGAUUAUAGGUAUUAAGUUAUACAUUCAAGUCGGGACCAAUAUUAAAAUGAGUGCCUUGUUUUACAUUUUGUCUGUUUGAAUGAGGUUCAAAACAUAUUGAACAUUAUGUAUUUAAAAUAUACCACACAUCAUGUUUAAAACCCAUAAUGUUGCUAGGGUAAAUAAAUGAUAAUCCAGCCUGAAUACACAUACCUACUGUUUUAUUAAUGAAUGCAGUGUAAAGUUACUCCAAGUUUAAAAUUUUAGGUUACCUUUGUCCUACAGAAUUACAUGACAGGAAAAAGUAAUUUCCAAGUUGGAGUAACUUUGUACUACGUUUAUUAAUAACACAGAUAGGAGUUAAAAAUGUUACUAGAUUUGAAAACCAAUGUCAAAUGUAUGGAUAAUGAUCAAUUCAUAUAUUGAAUCCCGUACCAUAUUGCAUCUAAUUCAAACAUUGCUUCUUAGAUACUACUACUAUACUUAUUAUUUUAACUUUGAUUUUGAUCUUGAAUCAUGAGACUUUUUGGGACCAUGUAUGGUCACUGUCCUUUGUAAAUUUUAUCCCUGUAUUCUAUGUAAAUAAAAUAAUUAUUUCGUUAUGUUGGCAACACACAGGGCUAGACGUUCUAAUCAAGAUAAUUAUCUCUUAACAAUGAUCUCUAAAUUAAUUUUUUUUUUUGGUUUUCUUACAACUAUUGAAACUUUAUUAAAACAUGUCAUAUCAUUACAUAUACUUUUUUUUAAACAAUAUUUGUAAUUCGUAACAUUUAAUAAUCUCUUGAAAUUAUUUUUAUGUCCAUUAUUCAUUGUCUAGUAAUGUCCAUAAAAUUUAGUGUUAAAAUUAAUGUCAAAAUGUAUAAUUACAAAUAAGUUAUAAUUAAGCUAUGGUAAAAAACAAAUUAUAGGCUCGAUCGUUUAUUCUUAACUUCAAUUACUAAUAAAAAACAUCCUAUUGCUUUUUGAAAUAUCGUAAAACAGACAAUAGUUCAAUAAAUUUGUAACUACCCACAUAUUGACAGGUUUGUAAUAAAAAUCAAUAUGAAAUUUGCAAGAUGAUUUAUCAUGAGAAUAACUUUGAUUUCUGAAAUUGCCCGCAAUGCGUGCUGGGAAGAUAAAUAUUGCGUCCGUUCAUUUUGUUUUAUACUAGUCUUAUUAGAAUCUACUUAGAUAUAAGGAUGCCGGAGAUUUGUGAAGGUAACUUGUAACAUUCUCGUAGGAGUAAGGAAAAGUGAUAUGUAUUAUAAUUAAAACAUGAUAUAUUUAUUAAA